AUUUAUAUGGCUUCCAUUACAUACUAUAACAAAGCCAAGUUCAAAACCCCCCGAGAGAUAUAAAACCCAAAGAAACAAAAAGUACCUCUCUCUCUUUCUCUCUCUCUCUCUUUCUCUCUUUCUCUCUCGAUCUGAAUCUCUCCGCCAUGACUGCAAAUUAGCAGGUUUUGAGCUUUUUUUCCCCUAUAUACGAGGAUUUUCCCUCCGUUUUUUCUUUGAAAAUGGAGGAAGAAAUACUGAAACGGAACACGGACUGCGUGUAUUUCUUGGCUUCCCCCCUCACUUGCAAGAAGGGGGUUGAAUGCGAGUACCGCCAUAGUGAGAGUGCAAGGCUUAACCCGAGGGAUUGCUGGUAUUGGUUGAGUGGGAAUUGCCUCAACCCAACCUGUGCUUUCCGACAUCCACCUUUGGAUGUGCAUACUGAAGCUCCAUCAGAGAGUUUAACUUUGCCACAUCAAUCAUCUGCACCAUUGAGCAAGAACAAUGUGCCCUGUUAUUUUUACUUCAAUGGAUUUUGCAAUAAAGGUGAAAGGUGUUCUUUCCUACAUGGUCGAAAUGGUAUGUUACCUGCUUGGAAAUCCUCAAAGACAGCUUCUGUAGUGAGUGAUGCCCAUCCCUUGGAAAAUAAGACAGUAACAGGAAGUGACAUAUUGCAAGCACCAAUUGAAGCACCUCCUGUCCCAUCAGGAACCACCUCAAAGUCGAUGGCAAAUGUACAGUUUCUGCCUAAAGAAGAUCAACAAUCAGCCCCUAAAGAAUUUCAGCCCAAACAGGUUCUCCAACUGUCAGGCCCUAAGCAGUUUACGCCUAAACAGGUUAACCAACAAUCGGUCUCUAAGCAGUUUCAGCCUAAAGAGGAUCUCCAACAAUCAGCUCCUAAUGUUAGUUUGGAUCCAAGCUCCUCCCCAGAGACAUCGAUGCCUGAGUGUGAUGAGGCAGCAGCUAAAUCAGAUUCCCCACCUCCAGCAGAAGAUCUGGUUGAAAGCAGAUCCCUUCUAGGGCAGGACCAGAGUUCAGAAGAGCAUGUAGAUGAUCGCAUUGAACCAGAAGAAUGGUGGGAAUCAUCCCCAGGAUUUGAUGUACUCGUGGAUGAUGGAUCGGAAAAUAUGGGCUAUGAGGAUGAACCAGAGUAUUUAAUGGCCCAUGAUAGUGAAGCGAGGGGGCUCCAUAAUCACUUACUCCAGUAUGAUUAUGAAGAUCCAUCUGGGUAUGAUCCUAGUGAAUAUCAAGAAACUGGAAUCCUGUAUGAACAGGGGAUAUAUGACUCCUAUGAUCGUUUAGAGGAUGAUUAUACCUCCUAUCAUGCUCGAAGAGUUUCUGAUCUCUCUAAGGAGAGAAUGUUGGACCCUAUGUUUUUCCGCAAAAGGAAGAUCUUGCCUAGGGAAGUGGGUAUGGAUGGGCAGCAUAGUUUGGAUCUACGGGAACACCUGACAAAACACAGGAGAAUGGACAGACGCCAAGUGUCUUAUAACCCAAGAAGGCGUAACUCAUCUCGUCUGAAUGAUCGCAGACGGGAACGGCCUGAAAGGCAUGGUAUGAAUAGCUUGAUGCAAGGGAGAUUAGCAUCAGAAGUGGGCAAGGAUAUGAUUGGUUUGCGCAAUGAGAAUGAGAUUGGGCCUAGGGACAGCCACCGACGAGGCUGGUUUAGGCAAUCACAGUCUAGGUCUACUAACAGGUCCAGGCAGCAUGAGAAGGAAAGAAGGCAUCCUAGAUCAAACUUCCUUCCUUCAGAGAUCUCGAGGGAAUCAAAGAGAUGUACUCAGGAUUCUGCUACAUUCACAGGACCAAAGACACUUGCACAGAUCAAAGAAGAGAAGAGAAAAGCAAGGGGAACUGAGGAUGCCUUUGGAAUCUCAGGGCAACCAAGCAAGAUGACAUCAGUAGACUUCCAGGGCCCUAAAUCUCUGAGUGAAAUUCUGAAGGACAAAAGGAGGGCUCAUCUGACGAGUGAUGACUAUUCUAGCAGCAGUUUGAGGGAUUAUAACAUUGAACAUGAAGGGAACCAUAAUCAGUUAAAUGAAGAAGAGAAUGACUUUGUAGAUGAUGACGAGGAUGAUGAAGAUGAAGAUGGGUUUGAGAAGAAGAUUGCUAGUAUAUGCUCUUAAAACAACAGAUAGUCCAUUUUUUUUUUUUUGACCAUGGUGCUUCUAUUAAUUGAUGAAUAUAAUGAUAGAAUUCAGAAGAAAGUCAUAACAGCACAUUUUGUUAUGAUUCUUGAGUUCUCUUGCAGGGCCCUUUAUCGUCUUGCUUUUAGAGUUUUUAACAUACUGUUACUGCUUUGCAAUUACCAAUCGACAUCGCUUCUGUGAUUGAACAUGCCCAGAGUUACUGUACAAAGUUGCUAAUUUCCGUUUGUCA